GAGUGCAUGUGCGCGUGCAUUUGUGUGUAUCUGUGUGUGUGUGUGAGUGAGUGAGAGAGUGAGAGAGAGAGAGAGAGAGAGAGAGAGGACACGGUGGCUUUCAACGGGGUCCUCAGAGAGCUCCGGAAAGAACAGUGUGGAGAGGAUGUGGCUGUUUUUACGCACCGGCUCGGUUUUACUUUCAGCGGGGCUUCUUCAGCUGAUCCGCCCGAUGGCUUAGUUCCCCUUUUUCGGUCGGGUAUGCUUUAACAUAGUGGACUGACUCGGGACUUCUGUUGACUUAUCUGUCGAUUGUUUGACGGGAAACCUAUCCUGGAUUGGUUGGAGGCGUUACAGACGGAGCGACAUGAGCACAGGAAAACUUCUGAGCCUCAGGAUGGACGUGCCUGUCAUCAUUUUGCUCAUCCACUUGACCCAUACUGAGAUUAGAGCACUGGUGGCCAGCAGCAGGGUGGAAGAACAGGCUAGAUGCCCGCUUGGCCAGUUUCCAUGUGGGAACAUGAGUGAGUGCCUUCCCCAGGCUUUGCAGUGCAAUGGACACAAAGACUGUCCCAACGGAGCUGACGAGCGGCGCUGUGGGGACAACAUCGGAUGGGCGGACUUAUUUGGUCGAACACUACAGAACACCAGACCUGUGGACCAGUACUUCCUGAAUGAGUGUUUUUUGCAGGAGUAUCCAGAGAGUUGUGACUGCAUAAAGACAGAUGUGGAGUGUGUGGAGGUCAACCUGCAGGAUGUUCCUCCUCUCUCUCCAAAUGUUACCUGGCUGUCGCUGAGGAGCAAUGAGAUCCAAGUGUUGUCUGAUUUUGUUUUCUCAGAAUACUCCGCCCUACAGAGACUGUUUCUUCAAAAUAACAGCCUGCAGUUCAUAUCCACACAUGCCUUCAGUGGCCUGCACAAUUUAAAGAGGCUGUUUCUCAGUGAGAACUUGAUAUUGUCUCUCAGUCCUGGUGUGUUCAGGGAUCUCCAUCAGUUAGAGUGGCUGAUGUUGGAUCAUAACCCACUGAGGAGCUUAUCCCAGGACACGUUCAUCGGGCUCCAGUCUCUCAUGUACCUAUCCAUGGUGGACACCUCGCUGCAGCAGCUUCCUCACCCGAGCUUCUGUCAACACAUGCCUGCCUUGGACUGGCUGGAUCUUGAGGGAAACCAGAUUCAAACUCUCAACUACUCUAUCUUGAAGACCUGCAGCAAGCUUGAAGUUCUAUUACUGAUGGACAACAGGAUACGAAGGAUUCCCGAAAACACCUUCCAGUCUCUGUGGAAACUGGCUGAACUGAAUCUUUCCAGCAACAGGAUCAGGGAGCUGCCAAAAAACACCUUUAAAAGCCUUUCCAAGUCCCUACUUAAACUAAAUAUCUCCCACAAUCCCCUUCUCCACAUUCACCCCAGCCACUUCAACCACCUGGCACAUCUUCAGUCUCUGGCACUGGAAGGAAUAGAGAUCCCAGAUAUUCAGACUAAGAUGUUUCUGCCUAUGAAGAACCUGUCCCACAUAUACUUUAAGAAGUUCCAGUACUGCUCUUAUGCACCUCACGUCAGGUCCUGUAAGCCCAACACAGAUGGCAUCUCAUCUUUUGAGGACCUUCUGGCUAACAUAGUUCUGCGGGUGUCUGUCUGGGUCAUGGCUUUCAUUACCUGCUUUGGUAACCUCUUAGUCAUCGGCAUGAGGUCACUAAUACGAGCUGAGAACAAUCUGCACGCUGCUUGCAUCAAAGUCCUGUGCUGUGCAGACUGCCUCAUGGGUGUGUACCUGUUUUUUGUUGGAGUGUUUGAUGUAAAAUUUCGCGGGCAGUACAAUCGUAAUGCCCUGCUCUGGAUGGAGAGCGUGGAGUGUCGGACCAUUGGAUUCCUGGCCAUGCUCUCCUCAGAGGUGUCUGUUCUUCUCCUGACCUACCUGACUUUGGAAAAGUUCCUGGUUAUCGUCUUCCCCUUCAGCAAUCUGCGCCCAGGGAAACUCCAGACUGGGGUGGUCCUGGCCUCUAUCUGGCUACUGGGCUUUGUUAUAGCGGCCGUGCCCCUAAUGGAUGAGGACGUGUUUGGAAAUUAUUAUGGACGUAAUGGAGUCUGCUUCCCCCUGCACUCUGACAGGCAAGAAAAACCUACUGCCAAAGGAUAUUCCACAGGGAUUUUUCUGGGUCUGAACCUGGUGGCAUUCCUGGUGAUCGUCUUCUCCUACUCCAGCAUGUUCUACUCCAUUUAUAAAACUGGCAUCAAUGCGACAGACUUGAGGAGCAGACUGCACAGAGAUGUGGCUGUAGCCAACAGGUUUUUCUUCAUAGUGUUCUCUGACGCCCUCUGCUGGAUUCCCAUAUUUUUGGUCAAAAUCCUCUCACUGCUGAAGGUGGAGAUACCCGGGACCAUCUCCAGCUGGGUAGUCAUCUUCAUCCUUCCCAUUAACAGCGCCUUGAACCCCAUCCUUUACACCCUGACCACCAGUUUCUUCAGAGAGCAGGUGGAACUCUUUCUCUGUCGUUGGCAGAGAAGACACAUCUUGAAAAAAGACCGCAAAAGCCUCACUUCCUCCACAAUCUUCAUGGAGACGUCACGGGCUCCUUGCUACCAGCAGCCAGCCUACCUCCAGCGGAUGUCACUGACCGGCGCAGAUCCUCGUUAUGCCUGAUGGAGGCAGGAACUUUCCCGGCGUUUUGUAAACUACGGGUCAAGAGCCGAUUAAGUGCUAGCUGUUUAGGCUCCUACAUGACAGCUGCUCGUGCAGAGUUUGGCUUCCAAGUGGAACAAGAUUAAUAAUCACUGAGCUGUCUCAUUAUGCUCUGACAUGCUCCACAUUUGUAAAAAAUGACAGCAAUCAGACACUUUUGUCCAAAGCAGUUUUCCCUCCCAUGGGCACACGCAGGGAGCACUUUAGGGUUCAGUGUCUUGCUUUAAGGCACAUCGACAUGCAGACCGGAGGAGCCAGAGAUCAAACCACCAACAAUUAGUGGUUGACCCCUUGUGCCACUUCAGCUACAGUCACUUCCCUGCUUGCAUGCUCAUGUGGCCAAACUUGUGAUAUCGUUCCAGGUGAGGGUGUAGAAAAGGAAUAACAAAGAAAAGGCAAUGGAUGAAAGAAGAAAUACCAGCAUACUGUAUACUGUACAUCUCCUUACCACCCUGAGGAUGAUCACAGUGGACUUAAGAAAGGUGCUUGUAGUACUUUUAUGGACUUCAUAAAGUCCCACGUGCAUCAGCUUUUUAUUUUAGUGAUUCCUUGGUCAGAUUUUGGAGCUAGAGCAGGAGAGGGAGCUGGAAUACAAGCCGCCAAAUGUCUCUGUAAUCUUACAGACACAGUUUUCUGUGGAGUGACUGGAGGAUGAAGCUCACUGACUCGCAAAUGUGACGCUCGUCAGAAAGCUGAGCUGAGAAAUGGGUUUAGGGAUUAAUGGUUUCAGUCUCAACAAAAACAAAGAGCGAGUCUUGAACUACAAAAAAUGUAGUACUGAGACAUUGUUUACGGAAUUAUUAUGCUGGCAUAAUACAAAUGAAAAUGAAAACCAGCAGUUUCAUUUAAUGUGUGCAAAAAACUAAUAAAUAUUUGAAAUCGAAAUGCCAAAAUCCAGCUUGCAUUUUUAUUUCAUCUACCAAUUGAAAUGCAUUAAAAUGCAGUCAGCUUUACAUGUCAUUUUAAUAUCUUCCAUGACUCAAUUCAAAUUCUAAUUAAUAAUACAAUUAACAUUUAUCAUACUUUCCAAACAAUCCAUUACAUUUAUUAUGCCCUCUGCUUCCUCCCACUUUAUAUCUGUGCUCUGUAUUUGCUCAUGUUGUCUUCUCCUUCUGGUAAUCUCUCUCUGCUCUAUCACUUGAUGGGUUUACUAGCCUAAUUAGCAUUUCUGAUUUCAUUUAAUUCUGAAUGCCCACUUUUCUAAAGCCUCCUCUACACAGAAAUGAAGCUGCAAAGCUCAGUUGCAUGUCAGCAGGGUUUUGUUGUCUUGCAAAAUUAUUAUAUACAUGCACCAAAUGUUAUUUAAUUCAUGAAACAAAUCUGAUUGUGAAAAGUUUAAUUGAAAGAUUUAGUUUAAUGUAAAAUUUUACACAAAGCAUGACGUUACUUAUAAUAAAAAAAUGUUUGUCCACUUACAUUUCUGACAUUUAUAUUGAAGGGGAGGAAACAAUUAACAUUUUCCUACCAACAUUAUAUGUAAUGUGGUAAAAAUUACUUCUCCAUUUGAUCUGUGUCAAAAGACAUGACAAUAAAGUCUAAUUAAGAAUGUGUAUGUUCAUGACUUAUAUAAUUAUAUGUACAAGACACUUAAAAUAUGAGAGAAACCAGUCAAUAUCAGAAAAAGUGAGAGAGAGACUUAACCCUCAAUAGUCAUUGCAGGUUGUGAAUGACUUAUGUGUAGCAGCAGCCAUCUUCCCAAUGACCACUUUGCCAUAUUUGCUAUGUUGUUCUGAUAUUUUUCAUCACCUCUUUGUUACAUUGCCAUUUUGUACACUUCAUCUACAUGUACACUGUGUGUUCUGAAUAAUUAUGAACCUGAGCCAAUAUGCAGCAGCAUUUUGAUACUGUUUGUACAUUUUUUUUCUUCAGAUUUUCUGACUGACCUGGACUGGAUGAAAAUAUCUGGUUGAAAUACACUUAAUUCACUAAUCCAUACAUAAGGAAUUUGUUCAGUUUUGCUGUCACUGUGCUUGUCAGAUGUCACCUGGACUGUUCUACUUUUGUUCAUUUUUCUAUUUAUACUUUUUUAUAAAUGCGACGCAGUAUGGUUCUGUUUCAGCUGCCUUUUAACAGUUACUUCAUUGACAACAACAACCAGAUGAUGGUGAAAGAGGAGCAAGACAAGGAAAAUUAUACAGAUGAGGAGAAGCAGUGGUUACACAUUUAUACAAAGCAUACCAAGCUGUGGAUCCUCCUCUGAUGAAAUAAGGACUAUAAUUUCCUAUUAUGCUGAGCAGAUGUGCAUAGGUCUUUGUUUUGCUGCAUAAUAUUUGGUACAGAAGACUGUCUUGUCAGUGAAUGUUCUGUAUAUUGUUGUCUUUGUUGGAGUCGGGUUGGUGAAUUAUGUGUUUAUUGGUUUCCCCACAGAGAUGACUCUGUCUGAAUUAAUAACAAUAAUAAAAAAAAACCAGACCAGAACAAAGUUAAAGUACAUUUAAUUCAACCUUUUGUGUGAGCAAUAAGCUAUCCAUCAAGCUUCCUGUAACUUCCUGUAACUGAAAGGAACACAGCAAAAAUAAAAUAAUUGGGAGUGUACAUUCAAAGGAACAAAGCUGACUAGGCAGUUCUGUUCUAAAAUAAUUAGAGCCACAAAAAACAAAACAAAACAAAAAAAACAACAAACAAAAAUAAACACCCAAUACAGAAGUGAAGCACUGCCCCACUUGCCUGGUUCUUUAAUCUUUUCCUGAAAAGAUGAAAUGUUUUUCUGAGAAGCUGAAACACCACAGAGAGUUUUGAAUUCCAAUCUAAAAAGACAUCU